AUGGGCAGCCGUUUGUGCAAGGUGCGGGAGAGGGGAGUCUUCAGCCUCGGUUUGGACAUCUUCACGUCCGAAAGCAGCACGCUGCCAUCAGCCCUUGUGAAGCACGAGGUCGGGGCAGGGCAGCGGAAGGCGCAAUGGAAGGCAUACAGCCAGAACCGACUCGGCAAAAGUCAUCAGCAAGGCUUUACAGUGCACAGCUUGAUGUUCGAGUCCGAGCAUCUGAGCUGUCUCUCAUGUUCCCAUGUCUGCUUUCUGCAGGGGCGGGCUUGUCACACGGCUUCGAUCGAGGAAUUUCGGCCACCCAUGUCAGCCAUCGUUGAACGGAAUGCACAAUGCGACACGCCAAGAAGGCCAACGUCAAGCAAAGUGCAAGGCGAAGCGUUCUGUGCCGACCUAAAUGACUCAAUACAGCUGUGGUAUCUCAGCCUCCCCACCUUCAAGUUGCCAAAAUCUCUGACAGGCAAUCCCACAUCAAUGCUGCCACUGAUCGCCAUGCUUCGAAGAGUGUUCCGACUCCAUGCUGCAUUCAUGUGUACAGGCCCCUGGCCCUGCCAAGGAAGCCGCAAACACAUGAGGCAGCCCGUUUGUGCAAGGUGCGGGAAAGGCCAGUCUUCAGCCUCGGUGGGGCCAAGCGAAGCUCAAGCUUUGGACCUCCGCACGUCCGAACGCCUCAGAACAUUUGACGCCUGA